AUGGCCUCAAAGAUUAUUGUCCUUGGGGGUGUGAACUGCCAAUUACAAGCAGUCUUCACAAAGCUGGCCAAACUGCAGUUGAAGCAGAACUUUGCCUUUGCAAUUAUCGUGGGAAAUUUGUUCGGCGACUGCUCCACAGAAAGUGAGCUAGACGAGAUCUCUGCUUUACUUCAGGGUACUAUCAAUGUACCCCUUCCAACAUAUUUCACGGUUGGCGACUUACCGCUACCAACUCGUAUUGUGGAAAAGAUUGAAGCCAACGAUGAGGUGUGCCCGAACCUUUACUUCCUUGGCAAGCGAGGCACCUUGAAGACCUCAGAGGGCAUUCGUAUUGCUGCUCUUGGUGGCAAACUUGUAACUGCAGAUUCGCACAAACCGGAAACCAAUACUAGCGGAAGAUUCCAGGCGACAUAUACUGAGUCUGAUGCCCGUGCUCUCUUUGGUACACACAGUGCCGAUAUCCUGCUCACCAACCAAUGGCCCAAGGGGAUCCGAGUUGGGUCGAAAGCACCUCUUCCGGAAGAUACCAGCAGCUUCCCAGCUGAAGUACAGUGUGUGGCUGAUAUUUGUGCCACUUUAAAGCCUCGCUACCAUUUCUCUGCAUCUGACUCUUUCUUCUACGAACGAGAGCCCUUCUUCCACCUGCCGACAGAAGACAGCCCAGACGCUAAGCCAUUGACACGUUUCAUCUCCAUGGCUUCUUUCCAGUCGAAGCAGAAGACCAUGUAUGCAUUUUCGCUAGACCCAAAAGCUGCACCAGCAUUCACGAUUCCAGCCGGCGUAACCGCAUCUCCUCUCUCCGCGCCUCAGUCUAAGCGCAAGGGACUCCCAUCUCAACGGGAGUCAUUCCAGCGCUUUGCGCCAACAGAUGGUGACGACCACCGACCAUACAAACGCCAACGCGAGCGCGCUCCGCCCCCAGGUCCAGACCAAUGUUUCUUCUGUCUAUCUAACCCCAACAUCGCCACACAUCUGAUCGCAUCAAUCGGCGACGAAAGCUAUCUCACAACAGCCAAGGGCCCUCUUCCACCAACAGAUUUCUUCUCCUCUCUGGGAUUCCCUGGCCACAUGCUCAUUAUCCCUUUCAGCCAUUCUCCGACCCUCAACUCAAUUCAAGAAGCGGAAUCACGCGCAUCUACAUACAGCGAGAUGCAACGCUACCGUACCGCCCUGCAUAAAAUGGUCACAGACCGUUCAGGCGGCAAGCUCGGUGCUGUAACGUGGGAAGUGAGUCGGACAAAUGGAAUUCACACGCACUGGCAAUUCCUUCCUUUGCCGGUUGAUUUGAUUCGCGACGGGCUAGUCGACGCCGCAUUCAAGGUCGAGGCUGAGAACCUCAAAUACCCCCGGUUCUCUACCAUCCCGGUAUCGGAGUCAAAGGGCGCCGAAGAGGCAGGCGACUUUUUCCGGGUGUGGAUCUGGAAAUCCAAGGAUGGAGGGGAGUCUGAUGAGACUGACGCGGAAUCAGGGGAGGAGAAGAUGCUCAUGCUAGAGUUGUCACAGGAUUUCCGAUUUGAUCUGCAAUUCGGUCGGCGUGUUAUGGCAAAGCUACUGGAGCUGGAUAAGCGAAUGAACUGGAGGGAUGCUACUCAAACUGUAGAGGAAGAAGAGGCCGAUACUGCAGCCUUCAAGGAGGCUUUCCAGAAGUAUGACUUCGCAUCGGAGUGA